AUGGUUUUGGGGGAGAUCCCACAUGAAACGCAAUCGGCGUUUUUAACGGGGAGGUAUAUUUUGGACGGGCCGCUGAUGAUUAGUGAAAUUUUGUCAUGGGCAAAGCGGAAAGGAAAAGAAUUAUUCAUGUUCAAGAUCGAUUUUGAGAAAGCUUAUGAUAACGUUAAUUGGGAGUUCUUGAUUUUGGUCUUGAGACAGAUGCGGUUUCCGGAGCUUUGGUGUAGAUGGAUUCAUGGUAUUCUUUCAUCGGCUAGAUCAUCCGUUCUUGUUAAUGGUUCUCCGACAUUUGAGUUUAGGUGUGGUAAAGGUUUACGUCAAGGUGAUCCCAUUUCUCCGUUUUUAUUCAUUGUUGUCAUGGAAGCCUUUUCUGGUAUUUUUAGAAAAGCUUGUGGUAUUGGAGCGUUUCAUGGUGUGAAGAUCAAGGAUGGAGUCAUCUGUCGGCUUCGUCUUAGUGUCAAGUCUCGGUCACGGUGCGGAUCUGAUCGGGGAUGA